UUACCGUGCGAGUGAUUGUAUACUAUGAAUUUAAAUAUCAGUAGAAGUACUAGAACUGACAUGCUCUCUCUCUACUCUUCACAGACAGCCUGUUCUAAAGCUUUCUAGGGUUUUACUCGUUUUCUCUCUUUCCUUCCCUUUAGAGACAGUAUGAGUCGCCAUCCUGAGUUGAAGUGGGCCCAGAGGCAAGACAAAGUUUUUAUCACUGUGCAAUUGCCUGAUUCAAAGGAUGCAAAGGUGAAUCUCGAGCCAGAGGGGGUCUUUACUUUCUCAGCUAGUGGUGGAGCUGAAACCCACCUUUAUGAACUGAAAUUGGAGCUUCAUGAUAAGGUCAAUGUGGAGGAAAGUAAAGUCCAUGUAGGGCCAAGGAGCAUUUUCUGCAUCUUGGAGAAAGCUGAAGAGGGAUGGUGGAAAAAGUUACUGCGUGGAGAUGGCAAGGCGCCUCAUUACGUGAAGGUUGAUUGGGACAAAUGGGCGGAUGAAGAUGAUGAUACUGCUACUGCUACUGGUCCUGGUGACUUGGACAUGGGAGGAAUGGAUUUCUCUAAUUUCGGGGGGAUGGGAGACAUGGGCAUGGGAGGCAUGGGUGGCAUGGGAGGCAUGGGUGGCAUGGGUGGCAUGGGAGGCUUGAGUGGCUUGACUGGCAUGGGUAUGGGAGGCAUGGGUGGAAUGGGCGGCAUGGGUAUGGGUGGCGUGGGUGAUGAUGGUCCAGGUGAAUUUGAUGAUAGUGACGAUGAAGAUGAAGUUGCAAAGCCAGAAGCUGAGGAUGUUGAGAAGGCUGCUGAAAAGGAUGCUGGCACGAGUGUAGCAGGCACACGAGAAGAUAAAAAGUAAACCACCUAAAGCAUGUGAUUGACAUAAUUUAAAUCGUGCACUUAAACUUAUAGUUUGUGCACUAAAUUCAGUCGUUGAGGCUGGUUGUAUGCUUGUUGUUUUCCUUACUCUGAGUGCAGUUUGAAUUUACCCAGUCAUUAAGAACACUAGUUCGUGUCUUAUUUAAAUAGGCAAAAACACGUGUUAAUUCUGAAUUAGAUCUCAUUACUUUCAAUUGUUGCCUAUAAUUUUCAUUGUCUUUGAUUAUCUGGUA